CUUCUAAAUUGGCAGAAGAGGCAGAAGGAAAUUUUACUAACUUUCAGCACGUUUAUCUGUGGAGAGGCUCUGAUAUGGUUACCCGGACUGAAACCUCUGCAUGUGAUGCAACUGCUUUGAAGACUGAGAGCAAUCUAAUGUUAUCAGAUUCCACAAGGGAUCUUUUCUACCUAAUGGACGACAGCCGGAUACGAAGUGACCAGAACUAUUCUCUCCCUUACCAGCAGUAUUGGGUCUUCAGGCAGAAGUACUCUGCAGAGGAAGCUGUGCUUUGGUGUCUCACACGUUGUACACAAGAUGAGUUUUGUCAAAUGGCAGAUCUUCAAAACGCCACAGACACGUACUUUGUGUGUGCCCUCUAUCCAGAAGCACAGAUUUGCGAUGGCAGCAUCGAUCAAAUACCAGAAAAAUGUCAAACCGUGCUACCUUGGCAACCGCAGACAUUGUAUCAUAAAAUAGUCACUCUGAAGAGUUCUGUGAAGAGUUUCUACACACAUGUACCAUUCCAGAAAGUAACGGGGAUCUCCGUGAGGAAUAAGACUGACAUGAGCAGAAAAACUGUUUCAGAAGGCUUUUUUGAGUGUGAGCGUUGGUGUGAUGCUGACCCCUGUUGCACAGGAUUUGGCUUUUUAAAUGAUUCCCAGCUGUCAGGUGGAAAGAUCGUGUGUCUGACUCUGAACAGCCUAGGAAUCCAGAUGUGUGCUGAGGAAACACAAAGUGCUUGGCAUGUUUCAAAUUGCACUUUACCAGAUGCUGAAGUCCAAAUAUACCCAUUUGGCUGGUAUCAAAAGCCUGCUGACUUGAAGAACACCAUGCCUAACCUGUGUCCACCUGUUAGCUUACCACUCAGGCCGGAAAGCGAGUAUUCUGAUAUGUGGCAACCCUUAAAUGUGUCCUCUGUUCUCGUGGAUUCAUCCAUCUCAAACUUUGAAGUUGUGCAAGUUAGUAGAGAUAUAUCCAAUGACUUCUCCACUGCCAGAGACUUUUGUCUAUCCGCUUGUUCAAAGAACCAGUCGUGUACAGUGGUUACACUGGAAACCCAGCCUUCAGCAAUAAGAUGCCUACUCUACCCUGAUACACAGAUAUGCACACAUGGCCUGCAAGGGUACAGCUGCUGGAUUUUGCUCAAAGAGCCAGCUACAUAUAUCUAUAGGAGACAAGGUAAGAGCAGGUUAAAUUUUUUGAUUUCUGAACCGGGUUUAACCCCAUCUGUGUCCAUCCCAUCCCAUGGAGAUAUGAUGGGCAAAUCCCAGGUGAUCCGUGUUGGCUCAGAGUGGAGAAACAUCAACCAGUUCCUGGGGAUCCCAUACGCUGCACCUCCCAUUGCAGAGGGGCGCUUCAGUCCUCCAGAGCCGUUUAUUUGGAUGGAAACCUGGAAUGCUACUGUGGCUCGGGCAGCUUGUUGGCAGCCAGGAGAUGGAGAGGCCUCAUCAUCCUCUGUCAGUGAAGACUGCCUGUAUCUGAAUGUCUUUGUUCCUGCCACCACUGUCAAAAAUAUGCCAGUGCUGCUGUUCUUCCACAACGGAGGGAGUUACAAUGCUGAGGCAGGAAAGAUAACCAUAGAUGGAUCAUACCUAGCUGCCAUCAGUAACGUCAUUGUUGUGACAGCAAACUACCGGCUUGGUGUUUUUGGCUUCCUUAGUACUGGUUCUCCUGAGGCAAGUGGAAAUGCCGGCCUUUUGGAUCAAUUGGCAGCUUUGAAGUGGGUGCAGAACAACAUUGCUAGCUUUGGAGGAGAUCCAAGCCAGAUUUCUUUAGGAGCUGACCGUGGUGGGGCAGAUAUUACCAGCAUUCACCUGCUCACAGAGGCAGCAGAUAUGGGUCUUUUCAGGAGGAUGUUGUUGAUGGGAGGUUCAGCUUUUUCUCCAGCAUCCAUUAUUACUAAGAGGAGAGCACAGACCCAAGCAGAAGUCCUGGCUGAAGAUGUGGGAUGCCCUUCAUCCACCAGUGAGGAAAUUGUAGCCUGUCUCCGCCAGUUGCCUGCUCGUGUCCUCAAUGAUGCACAGACUAAGCUCCUAGCUAUAAGUGGUCCAUUCCAGUACUGGGGUCCAGUGAUGGAUGGAAUUUACCUUCGGGAACCUUUAGCUAAAGCCCUGCAGCGCCCUCAACUUCGGAAAGUAGAUCUGCUUAUUGGAAGUGCUCAGCAAGAUGGGCUGAUCAGCAGAGCUAAGGCAAUUAAGAAAUUUGAAGAAAGUCAAGGAAGAGUCAACAGUAAAACAGCCUUUUAUCAAGCUCUGCAGAAUUCUCUAGGAGGAGAAGACUCCAACUCAUUCAUUGAAGAUGCAGCUACAUGGUAUUACUCCCUUGAACACUCAACCGAUGAUUAUUCCUCAUUUUCCAGGGCUUUGGAAAAUGCUACCCGUGACCAAUUUAUCACGUGUCCCAUCAUUAACAUGGCCAGUCACUGGGCUGCUAAUUCCAGAGGAAAUGUCUUCAUGUACCAUGUACCAGAGAGCUCCGCACAGAGCAGCUUAGAGCUCUUGCUGGAUGUUCAGUAUACAUUUGGACUGCCGUUCUACCAGAAGUAUGAAGAACAAUUUACGAUGGAAGAAAAGAGACUUUCUUUGCAAAUCAUGCAAUACAUCUCCAACUUUGUAAACUCUGGGAAUCCAAACUACCCUCAUAGUUUCUCAAGAAGAAUGUCAGGGAUGAUACCCCCCUGGCCUAUGUAUCUGCCAAAUGAUGAUGGUGAUAACUACAAGGAGUUCACUGUUUCCUUGCCAACUCUUAAAGGAUUGAAAACAGCAGACUGUUCCUUCUGGUCUAAUUAUAUCAGGAGACUGAAAGCAUCCACAGGUGAGCAGAAUGUUUUCUGUCAUUAA